UCACACUACAAUGGCGGCCAGCACAACAGUGACAGUUCUGACUCCCAAUGGAAGAAGACAAACCGUGAAAGUAUCGCCAAACACACCUUUGUUACAGGUGCUGGAAGACGUCUGCAAGAAACAUGGAUUUAAUUCCGACGACCAUGGUUUGAAAUUUCAGAGGAACGUUCUGGACCUGUCACUCCAGUGGAGGUUUGCCAGUGUGCCAAACAAUGCCAAGUUGGAGAUGGUGCCAAGCACCCGGAAACAGACAGGGGCCGACAGCUCUUUGCGGAUUGCGCUGCAGUUGGAAGAUGGUUCUAGACUCCAGGGUUCUUUCUCCAGCGGACAGACGCUGUGGGAAGUGCUCACACACUUUCCCCAAAUCAGAGUGUCUGAGCUGCCAGAAUCCGGGCCCACCCCCGUCUGUGUCUACAUGAGAGAUGAGGUGAGUGGAGAGAACGCUCUAAAGAAGGCAACUCUAAAGUCUCUGGGUCUGACUGGAGGAAGUGCCAUCGUGAGGUUUUUACAGAGGAAGACCAAAUUGCCAGGCGACGGAGAAAACGACACCGCGCGGACGGCUGCCGCGGAAACCGUGCCCUGCCCCCUGCCAUCCUUAGAUCCGCCUCCCUCACGAACAGAAAGGGAGGCGGUGGCGCCGUCAGUCGAAAAGGAGAGCCCUGAUAGGCCGAUGGAGGUCGCUGCAGGACACGCCUCUGCACCCGAGGCCGCCGCCGGCACGUUUCCCGCCAUACAGGAAGCCGACUCGUUUCCCAAGUCCCAGGCUGCCGUGAGGCCUAAAAGUGUCCCCCUCGUAGGAGAGAAGGAAGGAGAAUGGAAGGGAGAAGAGGAUGGGGAGAAGGCUGGACCGUCUGGUCAGUGCUCCCCCAAUCCUUCCACCUCUUCCUCCUCACCUCCCUCCGCCCCCUUCAUCCCCUUCUCUGGAGGGGGUCAGAGGUUAGGGGGGCCGGGGGCGAGUGGAGCCGGGCCCUCGGCGUCAUCGGUACCGUCGGUGGCGGGCGGGCCUCCCAAAGCCAAGAAAGCCAAACCUGACAACGCCAAGCGCCAAGACAGCGCCAAGACAGACGACUGGACCAUGGGGGAGGAGCUUCUGGAGCCGAUGGACCGGGAGCCCCUGGUUUACCACAUGGACUCUGGGGCGCGGCGCACCGGCGACGACCAGGACCUGCCCGAUGAGUUCUUCGAGGUGACGGUGGACGACAUCCGCAAACGCUUCGCUCAGCUGAAGAGUGAGAGGAGGGUACUUGAAGAGGCUCCUCUGAUGACCAAGGCUCUGAGAGAGUAUCAGAUGAAGGAGAAGAUGGACCGCUACCCCAGGGUAGUUCUGAGAGUCCAGUUUCCUGACAGACGCGUCCUACAGGGAUUCUUCAGACCUUUAGAGACCGUUGCUGCUCUGAGGUACUUUGUGAAGAGCCACUUGCAGAACCCAGAAUCCCCCUUCUACCUGUUCAUUGCACCUCCUAAAACCAUGCUGGACGACCCAACUGCCACCCUCUUUCAGGCCAACUUGUUCCCUGCUGCUCUCGUGUACUUUGGUUCGGAUGUGAAGACAGAGUGUUACCUACGGAAAGACCUCCUGGGCUCCAGCGUCUCUGCCCUGGAAGCUGACGAGGUCAUUGCUGGCUGCAUGCCCAGAUCUUCGCCCCCCUCUUCCUCGUCGAUGGUAACAGAGGAGACCCUCCAAGACCCCCCAGAAAGCCCUAGGGGAGGUGAAGAGGAUGAUGAGGAGUCUACCACACAAGGCCAGGCCCCCAAACCCAUCAGGACAGACCCUGGCAAAGUCCCCAAGUGGCUUAAACUACCAGUCAACAGGAAGCGUUGGAAGAAAACAUUGGGUGAGUCAAAAGAUAACAACGCCUUUCUGGGAGAAACUGGCACACACACACGUUUUACUAUCAAGGUAAGAAAUGAAGACUGUGGUUGGAGAAUUGGAAAACUAUGGAUGCCCAACAGGGACAUACUGAACAGACACCCCACCCCUUGACCCUUAACAUGUAAUCCUUGGCUCUGAGUGAUGUACUCAAAACCAUUGUGAAUUCAGAGCUCAGUUAAAAUAGUUUUGCAUCAAUUGAAAAACAUGGAACAAGUUAAUAAACGAAUAGAUCAUAUUGCCAUUGCCAAUA